GCCCCCGUAUCAGUCCGUUUAGUACCGUGGCCAUAUUUGUUGAUGUGUCACCUCAACAGGAGAGAGCAGUGGACAUCCAGUGUAUCACGAACAGACCAACUAACAUGAAUACUGGUCACACUAAAUGGAUCUAACAUAACAGGUCCGGAGCUUUGGGAGAUUAUGGAGCCGUCUGAUUGCCAGGGAGAGCAGCCCUCAGCCUCUCAACCUCCUCAGACUUCAGAGGUCAGCCCUGUGCCCACGGGGUCAGCACAGAUCAGCAGUGAUGGUGGUGAGCAUGUGUUAACAAGUGUCCAAGGGAAUAGUUCUGCAAAGGAUGGCAAAACCGAGCAGGACAGUGCAGAGAUGGACAGCAUGCGGUCUGAUGGUGCAAAUAGAGUGGAGCUGAGGCUGGACCUGGACCACAUACAGGACCAGGAUGGAGUAGUUGGAGAGGAUAGACAAGGGGAUGGCAACACCAGUUGUGACAGUGGAACAGCUUCUUUGGAUGAUGGCAGGACUCCCCCAGCUCAUCACAAUGGGCUUGCAGAGUCAUUACCUGUAGUUCUGGAUGGGACACUAGAGGUUUUACCAAUUAACCGUGAAGAGCCAAAAGAGGCCUCCUCUUCUGUUCCAGAAGAGGUAUCUGUGAAUAGAGUACCAGAAUCUUCACCUUCUGAGUUGGACAACAUUUCCUCAGUUAAAUUAAACACUUCAGAGGAUGCUGCCAAACCUCAAGCUCCAGCAUGUCGAACUGAUAUAGUCACAAGCUCAGAUGCAGCACAGACUGAGGAAAGUCAACACUCACCCUCUGCGCCCAGCUCUAACCCAUACGAUACAGACUGCAGCAAAAAGCUGAUGUCUGAGAUCCAGCGCUCCCUUUCUCAGGAGUCUCUGCUGGAUGAGUUGGAGUCAGAGCUGCUAAACUUUCAGCUACAAGAGCAGGGCAGCUGCAGAGAAAGCCCUCCAAAUGGCCUGCCCAAAGACCAAGGCUCAAUGGUGUUUGAGAAGUGCGUCCAGUACAAGUACUCGCAACAGGAGAAGGCCAUCAAAAGGUUGUUGGAUGAGAAUAAGAAGCACCAGGAGCUCAUCCUGGGCAUCUGCUCUGAGAAAGACAACAUGAGAGAGGAGCUCAAAAAGAGGAUGGAGACUGAGAAACAGCACCUUGGCAUUAUUAAAAAGUUUGAGAGCAGGGUGGAGGAACUACUGAAAGAGGUGAAAGAGUCCAAGGACAAACUGGUUCACCAGGACCAAACUGCUAAGAAUACCAUCCAGCAGAUACAAAAGGAGAUGGCCUAUCGCCUAGAGCAGGCUAAUAAGAAGUGUGAGGAAGCACGGCAAGAGAAGGAGGCAAUGGUUAUGAAGUAUGUGCGAGGGGAAAAGGAAGCGCUGGACCUGCGCAGGGACAAGGAGCAGUUGGAGAGAAAACUCAGGGAGGCCAUGACAGAGGUGGACAAACAGGCCAGAAGGGGGAACCAGCUAGCACAGGAGAAAGGACGGCUUCAGCAGCUAUAUGACGGCAAGGAGAAUGAAAUGACCAGGUUGUCUCGGGAGCUGGAGAAACUCAAGGAUGAGAUCAACUCCCAUGUCAUCAAAGUCAAGUGGGCACAGAACAAACUGAAGAGUGAGACAGAUGCUCAUAAGGAAACAAAGGACAAGUUAAAAGAAACGACUGCAAAGCUAACACAGGCUAAAGAGGAAACAGAACAGAUCCGCAAGAAUUGCCAAGACAUGAUUCGCACAUAUCAGGAGUCAGAGGAAAUUAAGUCUAAUGAGUUGGAUGCAAAGCUGCGGGAGACGAAAGGAGAGUUGGAGAAGCACAAGCAGGAACAGACCGACCAGCUGGAGAUGCACCGAGUUAAGAUUAAGGAACUGGAGGAUCUGAAAAGGAGCUUCAAAGAUAGCAUGGAUGAGCUUACCACUCUCAGAACUAAGGUGAAGUGUCUGGAGGAUGAGAGGCCUCGGUGGGAGGAUGAGCUGUGUAAAUACAGAGAGAUCAUCAACAGACAGAAGUCAGAGAUCCAGAACCAGCGUGAGAAGCUGGGUGCCAUCCAGAGUUUAGAGGAGCAGCAUCAGAGAGAUGAACAGGAAAUGGCAUCUUUGAGGGAGGAGGUGGAAAGUCUGAACUCACAGAUUGCAGACCUCCAGAAGGACGUUCAGGGCGGCCGAGUGCGGGAGGCUGAGCUCCUGGGCUUCACAGAGAGGCUCACCAGUAAGAAUGCUCAUCUGCAGUCUGAGAGCAAUGGCCUGCAGGCCCAGCUGGACCGCAUGACCACCAGCUCCAGAGACCUGCAGAGCAGAUUGGAAGAGGCUGAGAGGUCCCUUGCCGACAUGACGGCGAGACUGAAGAGAGAGGAGCAGCAGAGGCAGGAAGAAGUGCAGGCUCUGCAGGCAGAGAGGACUGCACUGCAAAAAGAAACUUCUCAGCUGAAGACACGUGUAGAGGAGCUCAGAGAUGAGCUGGUCACACAGAAGAGGAAGCAGGCAGCCAACAUUAAGGAUCUCACCAAGCAGCUCACACAAGCUCGUAAGAAGCUGGAGCAGGUGGAGAAUGGAGGCUGUGAUCGAGAGGGCAGCAGCAUGGGCAGUCGCUCCAGCUCCUCAGGCUCUUUGAAUGCACGAGGCAGCAGUAUGGAUGAUCGUUCUCCUGAGAACCAGUCGGGGCCGUCUGUGGUGGUGGUGGACAGCUUUCCAGAGGUGGACAAGGCUGUGUUGGUGGAGCGCAUUGUGCGGCUGCAGAAAGCCCAUGCCCGCAAGAAUGAAAAAAUCGAAUUCUUGGAGGACCACAUCAAACAGCUAGUGGAGGAGAUCAGAAAAAAGACAAAAAUUAUCCAGAGCUACGUGCUGAGGGAGGAGUCGGGCGCUCUCUCUUCUGAGGCUUCAGACUUUAACAAAGCCCACCUCAGUAAGAGAGGGGGCAUCAUGGCCUCGCUGUACACCUCUCACCCAGCUGACAGUGGCCUCACCCUAGACCUCUCGCUGGAGAUCAACCGUAAGCUCCAGGCAGUGCUAGAGGACACGUUGCUCAAGAACAUCACACUCAAGGAGAAUCUUCAAACCCUGGGUUCAGAGAUUGAGAGACUGAUUAAACAGCAGCGGCCGCAUGAACAUACUGUCAGCAGAAAGUGACAGCACUGGCCUCAGUGGAGGAGUGGGCACGUGCCAGAGGAGGUGUUCACUACAGGAUAUCACACCUCAAGGUGGACCAAGUUUACCUGGUGCUCUGAAGGACAGACUUUUGUGGUUAUUAGCUCAUAAAAUACAAACACAAAAACUUGCUCAUAUAUACACAAAGAACAUGCUUCCACAUUUUGCAUGACAAAUUGAAUACAGAAUAAAGGGAGAGCCAGAAAGUGAGUGACCUCUUCGAGGACUCUAGCUUUCCUCCAUCUGCUUUGUGUCAUGCCUGCAUCCUAUCUGGCUGACUCCUCCCUCCAUGUGCUUUUUUACUUCAGCUCUCGCACACAUGUCCAGCGUGAGCUGCUCUGUGGAAUGUAGCUACUGCACCUGCCCCUUGUGGCCUGAGCCAGUCUCUCAAGCUCCCAGCAGAAUUGCACAACCCAAUGACUCGCAAGAUAUAAAGCCCCAGAAGGUGAAUGAACGGGUGAAUUAAUUAAUGACUGAAUGAAUGGGCAUCCUGAUGAAGGUACUUCCAUUUUCCUCUAAAGAAUUGAAAGUGCUUGACCCUGCUAAUGUAGUCCUAUUGGAAAAGGGGGAUUCAGCGGGUAAUGGCGCAUUUUAGAAGCAGAACACCGCUCCAGACCUGCUCCUCUUUAUUAUCUCGCCUCAUGGAGGCGAAAGCGUCUUUCUCUCGCCCAUGAUGUAUACGUGCCAAUUACUGAAUGUGUUGCAUAACGAGCAGACCCUAAUGCACACUCCCACGUGUUCUAGCCUGAGAGAGAGUGAGGGGACAUUGUUCUCCACGAGGUUCUCUUCCACCAUUCGGAUGCCAUUUUCUCUUCGCAGCCCCUGUGAAGCACUUAAGCGAGAAAGGCCAUGCCAAAAAAUACAGCGCCUGCACUUUGCCCAUAUUAAGUGUCUUGUUACAGAAUAAUACAGAUUAAUCAUAAUAAUUACGUCUGGAAUAGUUGGGCGAUCUAAGGCUGGUCUUUAGUAAGUGAGCUUAUGUUUUUUAAAUUUAUUUCCUUGUCUAAUUUAAUUAAUUUCUUAUUAAAUCAAUAUGUCCUGCUGUCCUGCUUGUUGAGAGGAAUUCAUCCUCUGCCUCUUGUCCUCUGUCAAAAUUGCCAGUAUUUAUAUUUUCACUUUUAGCAUGCACGUACUCUUCCCCCUCUAAUGCUGUUUGUGAUUCCGUGUGCAAGACUGUUGUAAGACUGAAUUAAAGAGGCAGUUACUCUUUUAGCUGCGCUUUGGAGGAACAAGUGGGAAAAGCCUGGUUAACUGAAGGAGACAUUGUAAAUAUUGAGGGCACAAGUGCAAUUCUGUUUUUUCCCCUUGAUAUUUGGCAUGGAGGGUGACUUAUUCUUUCCAUGAAAUGCACCUGAGCUAUGAUCACCACAGUUACUGUCCCUUUAAAAACCUAAAAAAAAAAUUUAUUUGCAACAUCAGAUUCCUUGGUUGGGUUCAAACCAUGCUGCAAGCUUUCUGCAGAGCAUAUUGUGAUUAACUGGAGAAUUAUGGCCUGUAGAACCCUGGUCUGCACACUGACUUAGAAACGAAUGCCUCAUUGGCUGCUGCUUAUGGACUUCUUUCGUCUCUUUAUUCUUAACAUGUGUGUGGAAGUAUGAAGGAUCAUUUGGGAUACAUCCAUGUGUACAGGACCACUUCGUGUCUUCAUUUGCGAGCCUUUGUCCAGCUCUCAAGGCUACCUAAGCAAAAGAAAACACAAUUAGAAUUAAAUACCUGUGUACCACACUGCAACUUGAGCUCAUUCAAGGCAAUAUGCUUCUCAAAAUGCACAGUCUGCAUUUUGUUUCUCCACUCUCCAUCAUCUCUGACAUGCCAGAGACAUUCCCUGUAAACAGAAAAGACAGAUGAAGGUAUUUAUGCAAUUUUGGGGAAACAAAUAUUUACAUGGAGCCCUGAACUCCAGGACAAACACUGUCAUAUCUGUCAGUAAUUCUUCAAGGGACUGUUUUGUAAUUUAUUAAAUUGCCCAUUGAAAUGAUCUGUUAAAGUAUGAAAUGACAAGAAUUAUCUCUUGAAGUAUGUGUGUAUGUGAGUGGUAAAUCGUAACUGAUGAAGUGGAAAAAAAAAUGCUUGAUUCUUUUGCUGGUCUGUCAUCUAUGCUCUGUUCGAUUGAGUAGUCAGUCAAACUGUGAUUAUACAUUUGUAGAUACAAUGUCAUGUACAAUGGUCUGAUGUUUUUAAAGUUAUGAUUCUUGAUUCCUUUCUGUAUAUAUGGUGCUUACAGGGAAUUAAAGAAAAGAUGGCCAUGUCCUCUGAA